UCACUGGGCGUGCCAAGCGAUUUUAUCCCCCGCCUAGUCAGGUCAGGUGUGUGAACGUGUUUGUAGGUGUGCGCGCGCCUCAACAGGUGCUAUAGGGUUAGUUACGAAGAUUUAGUAUUUGGGCGAGGCUGGAUGAGGCAUCAAUAACAUCAGCGUUUGAGAUGUGGGAGACUUGAUUUUGUUACGGAGCUAAUAGUGUAUGUUAUGAAGGUGUAGACUGUGUUGGUGAAAUUGUUUACGAGAAGUACUGGUUUAUAUUCUAAGUCUUUGCAAGUAUCCUUAAUUUAAAUUGGAUAUUUGAUUAUGGAUCAAACAUCUCUUUGGACAAAUGUCACCUGUGCUAAUGGUUCUCUUGUUACCCUGUACUGUCCAACUCAGCACAUUGUCUGUCAGGUAGUUAACGCAGUUGAUUUGAGAGUGUCGUUUUGUGAAAAUGUGACCUUCAUUACCAACGUGCCUGUUAUACACACCGGAAAAAGUUAUGAUUUUUACAUUGGCUUGAGUUUGGCUAUUCUUUCCAGCUUUCUUAUUGGAAGUAGCGUCAUCCUGAAGAAAAAGGGAUUGCGUCGACUGGCAGAAAGUGGUGGCACCAGAGCAGGUGAUGGUGGACAUGGGUAUCUGAAGGACUGGAUGUGGUGGGCUGGCCUCCUAACAAUGGGUGGCGGAGAGGUUGCAAACUUUGCUGCCUAUGCAUUUGCUCCAGCAACUGUCGUCACUCCGCUUGGAGCACUGAGUGUACUUAUAAGUGCAGUUAUGUCGUCUUAUCUACUGGAAGAGAGACUUAACCUAUUUGGUAAACUGGGCUGCAUGCUGAGUGUCUUGGGAAGCACGGUCAUGGUGAUCCAUGCUCCUGAAGAAGUCGAGGUCACCACACUUGAUGAGUUGGCCUCUAAAAUGAAAGAGCCAGGUUUCAUAGUAUUUGCUCUUCUUUUGUUAACUGCAAGUUUGGUGAUGGUCAUCUUCUUUUCCCCUCGGUAUGGACAGAGCAAUAUCUUGAUCUAUAUUUCCAUCUGUUCCUUUAUUGGUGCAUUUUCUGUGUCCUCUGUCAAAGGAUUGGGUAUAGCCAUCAAAGGACUGUUUUCGCAUCAGCCAGUCGUGCAGCAUCCGUUGUCCUGGAUUCUUAUUAUUGUAUUAAUUGUCUCCAUUUCUACUCAGGUGAAUUACCUCAACAAAUCACUGGAUAUUUUUAACACCUCUUUGGUAUUCCCAAUUUACUAUGUCUUCUUUACAACCGUGGUGGUCACCACUUCCAUAAUACUGUUCAAAGAAUGGUAUAGCAUGACUGCAGUUGAUAUAAUUGGAACAAUCUCUGGCUUUCUCACUAUCAUUUUGGGAGUUUUCAUGCUUCAUGCUUUUAAGGACUUAAAAAUCACUUUAUCUGAUUUGCCACACACACUCCUGAAAACGGACCAGCCUGCUGUUACACACUUUGUCAAACUGGAUGAUAAAAACAUCAUUGUAGAGGAAAUGGAAAAUUCAAGUAUUUUUAUUGAAGAAAAACCAAAGGUGUUUGUAAUCUACAGUUGAGAUUUUUAAUGGAGCAGUUUUAUGUGUUUCAGCUGUUGCUCAGUAUGUGACAAUAGCCAGUGUAAAGUAAGUGUAAAUAGAAUAAAAAAAGGUAUUAACAGUUGCAGAUUUUGCCAGUCUGCAGAACUUUUUCAAAAGCUUUUUUAUACUCUGUUUUCAUCUGUAGUAAUAUUUAUUUGUACAAGUUGCCAAAGAUCACUGUAAUUGUAAGAAUCCCUUUCCCUCUGUUGGGUGGAGAGGGAUCUAAUUCCAGUAGUACUGCUCUGAAAAAUGUAUCAAAUACCUUGUGAGGGUUGUCUGGCCCUUUAACGACUUUAGCGUAAGCUUGCAUUCAGAAAAAAAAAAUCCUGACUGGUUUAAGGAAGGUCUGAUUUCCAAGAAAUGUGGUGUUUGUGUUGCAUUUUUAGGUGCACUUGCAUAAUAAGGAUACCCUUUUAAUGAAGUUAACGCUGACCGAAGUGUGUAUUUUUUUUGUCCUGUGCAUUAUGUGAACACUAUGUUAAAGAAAUUUCUUUGCCAUAAAUUAGUAAUGGAAUGCAGAUGCAUUUAUCAGGGUUAAAUUUCAAUGUUGGCUAAAAGCAUAGUUAAUUAGAAAAUUAAGAUCUUGUGGACAUUGUACCUUGAUUCAGAAAUAUGCAUGCUCAUCAUAACGACUAUUUCUGCUGAAGUUCAUUAAUGAAUAUGAAAUAUCCAGAGGUAAAUGUCAGUCCCUUGGUUUAAUCUUUUUAGCUGAUGGCCCCACAAAACAUGUGGAUUCAGUGCCCUUCCAUGGAUAUUAGAGGGAACCGGUUACACAUGCUCACAACAUACCAUAUUCCUUUCCUUUUUUGUUGCAAAUGAAUGGCUAAUCCAGUUUGUUUUGCUAGUUCAUCAGCUGAUUUUUGGGCCAAUAUAUUUGGCAGUGCUAAUUAAAGAAGAUAAUAUGGUUUUGUACUAUUUAUGAUGUCCCAAGAAGAAAUGGAAGUAAGCAUUCACACAGGUGUCCAUGCCCUCUAGAAGACUGUAAUCUACAGUACAUUUUCUGUUAAUAUUCACAAUUGUAUGUCCUGUGUUAAACUUGACCGGGGGGGGGGGGGAGACAAAGCUAGGGGAGUAAGGAAUUUGCAAGCCUUUCUAGAAUACAGAAAAAUGAUGAUGGUUCUUUUCUUUUUCCAUAAAUAUUGAGAAACCUGUAGCAAAGACUAAAUGUCUUGUGGAAAAAAGCAUUUUCUGUGCUAAAACAAAGAGCCUGCAAGAGGUACUAAAUAGGGGUAGGCAUCUGAUGUGAUGGGUCCCAGGUCUGCUGUGCUGGGAUAAAUCACUUCUCUGGUUGUGUUCACUUACUUUCGCACAAGCCGUCCCAAGUCACCUUCUUCCUGAAGAGAGGAAAAAGUAGGGUGUAAGAGCAGUUUGAAUUUCUUUAGAAGAACCUUUGGUCUGUUCAUUACCAAAUAGGCAUGGUGGGAUGCUAGACUGUUUUGGUAGGAGGGUGCGUAUGCUUAUGCUACUAUAGGCAUUGAUGGCAUCUAUCUGUUGCAUUUGUUUCAGAACCUUUCCAAGACACUGCCUUGUGUGGAUCUCUUUAAUAGUAUCCCUCGUGCUCUUGCCAGAUGGGAGUGUAUUUAAACUGAACAAACCAGCAAGGCUUUUUGCACAAAGUACAGUUGUAAUACCUCCUUCAGAGGUGCUGUAUUUUAUGUUUUAUACAGUAAUGUUGAAGGCAUGUGUGGCUUGGAACACAACCUUUAUGUGAUGGCAUGAAGUUGUUAGUGUGAACUGUGUGUUUUUUUUUUUUUUUUUUUUUUGUUCCCAAAAUUGGAAUAGUAACACUAUGCUAAAGAAAGUCAUCCAUCAUGGUUCCUAAUGUCAGAUUGCAUAUGAGGAAGUAUUAUGGCAUGGAUGUCAGAGUACCAGCUGCAGUAAUUACAGGGUCCAUCAACCUGAUUGACCUUGCAGUGGUUAUCAGUAAUGGUCCCUCUUCCAGGCUUCUUUCACUCUAAUUCCGUAGCCCCAUGUUGUAGGAGGAAGAAUUGCCAUUUCUUUCAGUUUGGGUAAUAGUGUGUCACAGGUAGCAUUCACAAGUAAAACUGUUUUAUCCAUCUUCAGGUACAACUGUAUGCGUGCAUAACUGUAGGAGAGCUUAUUAAAGCUAUCCUAAAAGAUGAGACCCAUUUGGCUUUGCUUUUAGUUCCCCAGUUUACUGGACAUGCGUGUUAUACAAGAGAGCAUUUGAUGAGGCAGUGUUUUUAUUCUCUUCUCCAGUGUCAAAUAAGGAAAUGUCAGUAGAAGCUUGCCUUUAAAAACUAAUGAUGAUGCUACAAACGACACUUUUAUGCUGGAUACUUAAAUGGGCGUGCCUUUGUUGAAGGCGGAAUGUCGAGCUGGUACCUCAGCGUUCGUGAAAAUCUACUGCCAAUCAUUAGCGGACCGGAGUUCCUCUGUGGUGACCCCUAAACGGGAAAAGCCAAAAGACAAAACUUGUGGUCACCACAGGUAUGCAGAAGGAUUAAGGCAAUGUCUUUAUUCCAAAAUCUCAAUUAGUAUUGCUGUUUUAUGUUGGGGACUUCCAUUAUCAGUUUAGUUCUUUGCCAUGUGGAUGUUCUGGUGCACCAGGCAGUUAUGUAAAACAAACAUCGAAUAAAGCAAUGUCACCCGAUAAGUACUGAAGUACUGCUUUAAUGCAUAUACAACACAAAGCUUUCGGGCAUAGCCCUUUUUCAAUAGUUUCAAUAAAAGCACAUGACACAACCCUACUAAUCAUUUCACUGCAUUCAUUAAAUACUAAAAAAUAAUAUAACCAAUCAUGAGAACAAUAAUCAAGAACGUAAGAAUGUUAAAAAAAAAAAAAAAAAAAAAAAUUAUAUAUAUAUAAUCACUAUCUACUUGUAUCUCAUGUCUCAACCAAAAUCAGUUUCAAACUGAUACAGGUGUUCACCCCUGGAUAUCUAUCAGCCUCUAAUCUCAAAAUCCAUUUGUAUUCCCUAACAUGAAGUGUAUUAUUCAGAUUUCCACCUCGAAUGCUCUUGAAAACCAUAUCAAUAACCCCUAAAUUUAAAUUCAUGAUUAAUACCAUGUUCCAAUAUAUCUGUCUUAUUACUACAGUAUGGACGAGUAGAAUGUUGUCUCUGAAAAUACUUUCUCUAGCUUCAUUUAACACAGAUGGUUCAUAACCUCCUUGGAUGAAUUCUUGGAUAGUUCCAUAAACUUGUUUAUUGCACUCUUCCAGAUCAGCUGAUAUUAAAAGAAGUUGACUGUUAACAAUUCCCACCAAAUACAUCGGGUGCAAUGCUUUUACAAUGUGUAUAACGAUUAGCGUGCAUAACUGUCAACUUCUUAGAAUCAUCAGGCUUAAUACUGAUCAGGAAGGGUGUAAAACAAGUUUCUGAAACUAUCCAAGAACUCAUCCAAAGAGGUUAUGAACCAUCUUUGUUAAAUUAAGCUAGAGAUUAGUUAUUUUCAGAGACAACAUUCUGUUCAUCCAUGUUUUAGUAAUAAGACAUCUGAUGAGAGUAGAAAGAUUUAGCACUAAGCAAGAAAUAAUAUAUGUGACUACAUAUAAUGUAAUAUCAUAUAUGUGACUACAUAUAAUGUUCAAAAUCCUGAAGUAAGGAAUAUUAUAAUAAGGAAUUGGCACUUUUAAAAGCUAUGCCCUAACUUAACUAUAUUAUAGAUAGCAAAACAGUUUUACAUAUAGAAACUAAGAACUUGAAACAAAAAUUGUUAUAGGGAGAUGAGACAGGUUUAAUGUUAAAAGUAGGCCAUCUAUUGUUAAACAAGGUGUACUUUUCCUUGUUACAGCUGUACCUGUAAGCAUAUUUUUAUUGGUGAGAAUAAGUUUAUUCAUCCUAAUAACAUAAGAGUAUGUUUUUCAUUUGCAUGCAACUUGUAAUACUACUAGUAUUGUAUAUCUUGCUACAUGCACAGUAUGUCCCGUUUUUUAUAUAGGGAAGUAUAGUAGAAGGUUAAAGGAUCGAAUCAUAGAACACCGUUCUGAAAUAGAGGACGAUUCAGACAAAUGCCGUAGCUGUCCAUAUAUUCAAACAUGGUAUUAAUCAUGAGUUUAAAUGUAGGGUUAUUGAUAUGGUUUUCAAGAACAUUCGAGGUGGAAAUCUGAAUACCCUUGAUGUUAAGGAAUAUGAAUGGAUUUUGAGAUUAGAGACUGAUAGAGGUGUUCACCCCUGGAUAUCUAUCAGUUUGAAACCUAUUUUAGUGAGAAACAAAUGAGAUACAAGUAGUGUUUUCAUAUAUGCAUACAUCUUUUUUUACAUAUCCUUAUGUUCUUGAUUUAUUGUUAUGAUUGGUUAUAUUAUGUUUUUAGUAUUUAAUGAAUGGAGUGAAAUGAUUGGUAGGGUUGUAGCAUGUGCUUUUAUUGAAACUAUUUAAAUUGUGUAUGUCAUGAGCUGUUUAGAUUGCAUUGAAAAAGGGCUAUACCUGAAAGCUUUGCUGUGUUGUAUACAUAUUAAAGCAGUUCUUCCCAUUAUAUAUUGGGUGAUGUUGCUUUAUUCGAAGUUUGUUUUAUGUUUUGCUGUGCAUCUUCGUUACUGCUAUACCGUUGUUGCACCAGGCAGUUUAUCACAGUGCCUGAUUAAACCAUUUGCUCACUCCCAGACUUAUGGGAGUUCGUAUAUCCAUAAUCCCAGUUUCUCAAUUUUUACACAUGGGCUAAGGGUGUCAUCAACAGUAACAGUCCUCUCGAGCCAAUAUUCACACCCCUGGGUUGAUACCAUUUUAUUAGGUCAAAAUGCCUUACUCAAACUAAAUUCCUUCAGAACUUAAAAAUGCAGCAUACAGUUUCCAAACUUUCAUCCUUCAAAAUUUGAUUUGUUAUCCUCUCAGGCUAUUCUGAAUACAAGUAUUUUAUGAUAACCUCAGGACAAGUGCAGAUAUUUUUACCAACAUGCAUCAUAAUGGAAGACCCUGACUGCAGGAGCCAUACCUCUCAACCUCUUAGAGUAAGAAAUCUGGACAAAGCCGUAAAAAAAGUGCAACAAAUGGGGACAAUUUUUAAAUAUUGCUCUUACAAACUUAGAAGGUCAAAACAA